AUGACCACGACAGAGGCUUGCAGGGGACUCCGCCGGAUCGUCCCAGUCGACAACGCUCCCGACGACGCGACGAUCGAUAUUAUCGCAAUCCACGGAUUGGGCACCGAGUCGCCGCGGACAUGGGAGUUUAAGAAAAGAAAUGGGGAUGGGGUUGUGAACUGGCUGUCGGACGCCGACAUGCUGCCGGCAGCCCUACCAAAGGCCCGCAUAUAUACGUACGACUGGAAUGCAAACUACUUCGAAAAUGCACCCGUGCAGACGCUGCUCGGCCAUGCCGAUACGCUACUCGGUCUUAUCGCCGAAGGCCGUGGUUCGCAAACGCGACCGAUUAUCUUCGUCGCCUCUUGUUUUGGAGGGCUUAUUCUGGCCGAGGCGAUUAACCGAGCUGCCCAGGAAGGCAGCGCCUAUAAACAUAUCCUGAUUUCCACUGUCGGCAUCGUGUUUCUCGCCACUCCAUUCCACGGUAGUGAUGCUGCGAAGCAGGCUCAGUGGCAGGUGCUGGUUGCCGGCAUUAUGGGAAAGCAGGCCUCUGACCAACUCAUAAAAGACCUUGAGCAGAAACACGACUCCGUCCGCCAGCGCGUUCAGAAGUUCGCCGAGAUCGCUAAUGCUAAGGCAGUGAAACUGCCCCUGAGUUGCUUUUUUGAGAUUAGGGAGACGGAGAUGUUAAAAGGCAUUCUAUCGCCGGGGUGGGCGAAGCGCCUGUCAAGGAGUGUUACCCGCAAGAUUGUACGUUAUUUGCCCCCGUUCGUAAUAUUUAACUGA